AACCCUCUCCGUGACCGCAAGGCAGCUUCUUACCCAACUCGAUACUGUUGCGUAACGCUAUUACUCGUAAGCAACGAAACACCCUGAUUACAAAAGGGGACGCGCGGGCGGCUCUUUGCCAAGGACGGACUCGACGUGAAGGAAACGAAAAAGACGUUCUAAAAGUAAGGCGUCGGCGCCGUAGGAGUGAGAAAAAAAUUCACGCAGGCCUCGCAUCCAAUCUUCAAGCGAAAAUAUUCGCACGCAACCCUCCGACGGACGACCCAAUCGCCACAUCCUCACUUCAAAUAUUACUUGUCCUUCGUACCUACCGCCAUAAUGAGUUGGCUUCGGUACCUUGUGCCUAAAAUUCUCCUACCUACCUUUACUUGGCCUCAUCAAGUCCUUGGGUCUGUUGAUUUAGCACCAUCAAUUCCACCAACGCCGCGCCUUUUCCCUCGAAGUGUUCGUCAAGCUUUUGGAUUCUUGCACAAUUACCUUCGUUCCUUCUCGAGCUACUACUGCCAUUGGUGUGGCAUUCCAUUUGACAAUCAAAUCGCGGCCCUUCCAUUUGGACUGGUAUUAAAAUGGUCAGACGGCACGCGGCUUGAAGAAGUAGCGGCAACCAUGAUAGCGCGGUCUGCGGGCUUUCCAGUACCAAAGAUCGUCUCAUACGGCGAACACCUCGACGCACCUCAUGCACCGGUGUCAAUACUUAUGACCCGCAUACCGGGAAAGGAUCUGGGCGACCCUGAAUUGUAUGAGGGGAUGACCGAUGACGACCGGGAGAGCAUUUUCGCGGAACUACAGUGCAUCCUACAAGUCAUGCGGAAAUGGCCUCACCCAUGGGGCAAAGAGCAGAUCUGUUCGGUGUUAGGUACAGCAGUCAGGAGCGUGCGCAUCCCCGGUCAUGCAGUCGGACCGUUUGAAUCUGAAUCUGAAUUCAACGACCACCUCUUCAGUUCCAUAUCCGGCCACAGCUUCGAAACUCGGGAAAAGUUCGAAGAGACGGUAGGAGUUGCUGAAAGACUGCGAAAAAUGCGGCAUCCAAUCGUCUUUACUCAUGGCGAUCUCAAGCAUCAUAAUAUUAUGGUUCUAGAUGGUCACAUUUCGGGGUUCCUGGACUGGGAGUCUGCGGGCUGGUAUCCGGAUUAUUGGGAGUUUACCACGCCGCUAAGGUUUGGCCCAAGGGAUUUUUGGUGGAAUGAGUUGGUGUGGAGACUGGGCGGUGACAAAUACGCGGCGGAACUGGAGAGUGAGAAAGCGCUGGUUCCCCUUACGGUCGAUGCCUGGGCAUGGUAGAUAUCUUGUGUUUCGUCAAGACCUUUUGGGGAAUGGAUGACUGGAUGAGUAUGGCUGGUAUGCUAUGCACAGCGCUCAACAUAGUGAUGAUCACGUAUGGAAUGGGACGACACAUCUGGUG